AGACAGUCAAAUAGAAAACAAAUAGUCAACUGUACUUUGGAAACCAGUAUGCGAAAGCGCAAGAAGCCACAAGUUGCCACAAGUUACUAGUCGAGCAGCUAAAAUGGCCACUGGCAUUGAGCUGCUUGUGGCUGCUGCACUCUGCUUAGCCUGUCCCCCCAUGAACGAUACCCUGCCCGAGGGUCUAAUACUGUUGAAUGAGGAUGGCAGUGCGAUCACCGAAAUGCCAAUUGAUGUGGAGGUCGCAAAUGCUGGCUUGGAUGCGGAUGCACCCGUUGAGACGCUGGAGACUUUGCGCAACAAGCGGGAAAAACUGCGCAAUAUGAAGGAAUGGAUGAAUGGCCAACAUCUGCGCAUUGCCACCCUAGAGGAUUACCCAUUGAGCUACACGGAAAUACUGGAGAACGGCACUCGUAUCGGACGUGGAGUCUCAUUUCAGGUCAUUGACUUUCUGCAGGAGAAAUUCAAUUUCACCUACGAGGUGGUUGUGCCGCAGGAUAACAUUAUCGGUUCCACAAUGGAUUUGGAUCGCAGUCUCAUUGAAAUGGUUAACAAUAGUCAAGUGGAUUUGGCUGCGGCAUUUAUACCCUUGCUCUCGGAGCAGCGCACCUUUGUCUUCUACUCGUCGACAAUUCUGGAUGAGGGUGAAUGGAUAAUGGUUAUGCGACGUCCACGCGAAUCUGCUGGUGGCUCAGGCUUACUGGCACCAUUUGAGUUUUGGGUGUGGAUACUCAUCUUCGUUUCACUGCUGGCCGUCGGACCAAUCAUCUAUAUGCUGAUCAUUAUACGCAAUCGGUUGACGGGCGAUGCAGUCCAGCAACCCUAUUCGCUGGGCCACUGCGCCUGGUUCGUCUACGGUGCACUCAUGAAGCAGGGCAGCACCCUCUCCCCCAUCGCAGACUCGACACGCUUGCUCUUUGCGACCUGGUGGAUUUUUAUCACAAUUUUAACAUCGUUUUAUACCGCAAAUUUAACCGCAUUUCUAACCCUCUCAAAGUUCACCUUGCCCUACAAUACGGUCAACGAUAUUCUCACCAAAAACAAACAUUUUGUUUCCAUGCGAGGCGGUGGCGUCGAAUAUGCCAUGCGAACGGCCAACGAAUCGCUGUCUAUGCUCAAUCGUAUGAUUCAAAACAAUUAUGCUGUAUUCACGGAAGCCUCGAAUGAUACUUAUAAUCUGCAGAACUAUGUGGAACGGAAUGGUUAUGUGUUCGUUCGAGAUCGGCCGGCGAUUAGUAUUAUGUUGUACAGGGAUUACUUGUUCCGCAAGUCAGUCAGCGCCGACGAUGAGAAGAUACACUGUCCCUUUGCGAUGGCCAAGGAACCGUUUCUAAGAAAGAAGAGAACUUUCGCCUAUCCCAUUGGCUCCAAUCUCAGCGAGCUCUUCGAUCCAGAACUACUCAAUUUGGUUGAGUCGGGCAUUAUCAAGCAUUUGUCAGCGAGGGAAUUGCCGAGCGCUGAGAUUUGUCCACAGGAUCUGGGCAGCACUGAGAGGCAGCUGCGCAACGGUGACCUAAUGAUGACCUACUACAUAAUGCUGACAGGCUUUGCCACCGCCUUGGCUGUGUUCACCACAGAGGUGCUGUUCCGCUACAUAAACGGACGACGCGAGGCCAACAAGUGGGCCCGCCAUGGAAUCGGACGCACACCCAAUGGCCAGUCGGUGAAGCCAUCGCGUUGGCUGCGCGGCUUGCGACACCUCCAAAGUGGUGGGGACAAACAGCUGCUAGGUAAAUCCACACAUGGCGAGAAUGUAACGCCGCCGCCACCAUAUCAGAGCAUCUUCAAUUAUCAUGCCGGAGGGGAGCAGCAGCAGCUGCGCUAUGGCAAACGACAUGGCUUAGUCCUCGGUGGCAAUGGGCAACAAGGAACUGGAGUGCGACGCCUGAUCAACGGUCGAGACUACAUUGUCUUUCGCAAUUCGAAUGGCCAAAGCCAAUUGGUGCCCACCAGAUCACCCUCGGCUGCCUUGUUUCAGUACACUUAUACGGAAUAGGCAACAUUUUUGAUAUUCUAUUAAUUCUAUAUUUUAUAUAUUAUAUUAUAUAUAUUCUAUAUACACAAUUUAAUGCACAUUUUCUCACAUACUCAAUGUAGAAUAAUGGACGUAGACAAUGAUCUGGUGAAGUUAAACAACAUACUCACGGAAUUAAAAUACAUAUAUAUAUAUAUAUAUGUACCACAUACGAGGUGUGCUCAAAAAGUAUUGGUCCAACAUUAACUUUGAGGCUUAUAGCUUAACUAAUUCAAAUCUUUUAACUCUUUAAG